AUGGCGGUGGGGCGGACGGAGGUUGAGCCGCUGUGGGGUGGGGGACGGUCGCAGGGCGAUCCGUCAGGGAGGGGGCGGGCGGAGGGCCGCCGUCCGCUUGAGGGGCUGCAGACCCCGGCUCCCGCGAGCGCCGCGGCUGGCUUGGCUGUUCCAUGUGGCUCCGGCGGGGAUGGAGGACUCGGUGGCGGCGGCGGCGGCUGCUGCUGUGGCGGCGACGGAGGAGCGGCUCUGAGGAGGGAACUGGGCCAGACUCAACCCGACAGCGGGAUUAGAGUCCUCCAGAAUACACGUCAUAUAGCCCUGAGGUGGAAUGGUGAUGUCUGCAUGAGGGAACCUCCUCUCACCCGUCCUGUCAUGUAUAUCCUACUGUUCCUGACUGGGCCAUUCAUCUAAGAUGGGAUUUGCCCUGUGAAACAGGGAGAAGACUUAUGGGCCUCAAGCAUCAUUUCAAGUUGUAAUUCAGUUUUUUAAAAGUACAGACAUACAUGCAAAGCUCCUUUCCUUUGGACCCUCUGCUUUAUUAAAGCUGCUGUGUUAAUCCAGAACUGUUCAGUCUAUUGACCCAUCACCAUGGCUUCAGUUUGGAAGAGACUGCAGCGUGUGGGAAAGCAUGCAUCCAAGUUCCAGUUUGUGGCUUCCUACCAGGAGCUGAUGGUUGAGUGUACAAGGAAGUGGUAAGUUGUGCAUGGGAGUAGAGUUUGCUGUCCUUUGGCCUAAACUCUUGAAUCUUGUGAUAACAGAUUUGCCUUUUUGUAGUGCAUAGGCUGAACGGGGUGCAUAUUACUCUGACAAGCACUAUGGUGUGUACUGUUGCUGCUGGUACUGUCCCUGUGGAUUUUAAUUAUUGCACUCUUAGUAUGACUCAGAGGACUGUA